AUGGCAUCGCUGGCCACCAUUAAUGAUUUUCCAAACGAACUCAUUUUCAAGGUAAUCACGCAACUCCCCGUAGCAGCACUCAUCGCGGCGCGCAAGGUUAGCCAGAGAUGGCGCGAGCUCAUUGCCGUCGCCCGCAUUACCCCGUCUCGCCGUCGGCUCCUCGAGCUCUAUAAAGACGCUAUAGAUUCUCCUACCUUCCUUGCAAUGCGCGGCGAAAUCAUACCCCAUCUCACUGAUUUCGAUAGAGAGGCAUACGUCGCCGACAUCGAGUCCCAGGUUGGACGAACCCUUCCUGACGACUUUCGCACCUGGCUUCUGGAAUGGCCUGCGCGUGCCGUGAUCGGGUUGUAUUGGCCAGGGCUACCUGUCGAGUAUAGUGACGAAGGGUCCCCGUCCAGUGCUGUUGGUCGCUAUCCCCUCGCGAAUAGAGCAGUUGGGAAGCUCGCCUUCAUUCCAAUUCGGAUCGGCCCAAGCGGUCGCCACGCACACCUACGCGCGCAAUUCGCGGAGUCUGCCGAUAUACGCGACUGGGCGUGCUUCGUUGAGCUACAUUGGUGUUUAGACGCAGGGUCAAGCUACCCGCGCACCCUGUGGUACUUCCUUGCUGGGCAGGGCUUGGGCGAGAAGUUGGUGGGGCAAGUGCGCCCGGAGGGUUCUUUAGAAGAGAUUCCUUUUGAUAUUGUAGAUUUCGAUGCUGCUGCGAAGGACUGGAUUGGCUUCCUGAGCGGGGAGUUAGAAGGUUAUCAUAGGUGCUGA